CUGAGGAGGGAAAUCGAUGAGACAUUACCUAAAUGCUAUUCAGACGUGUUGUCCUCAUAUCUUCCGUUACCUGACAGCUUCGGUCAUCACCAGCAAGAAGAGACAGACCCUGCUCAAAGACCUCAUUAGAAUCAUCAAACAUGAAUCUUACGCUUAUCGAGAUCCUAUCACUGAGUUUGUGGAAUACCUCAAAAAUGCUAGUUGCAUGCAAAGGAGCCUUCAUUGAGAAUGCUCGUCUCUCUAUCUUUGAGACCUUCUGUAGGAUCCAUCACUGUAUCAGCAUAAGAAUGAAGAUGAACUUAUUAUCAAGACGCUUGUUGUGUUUGGUGCCCACUGUAAUGCCAGGAAUGACUUCAAGCAGACACCUCUUGGCAUGGCCAUUGAAAAUAGAAAAGACAAUGUUGUUCCCUUACUGGUAUCAGUCGGGUGUAAGCAAGGCUGUGUGGUAGAGAGUCCCUCAUCCAGCUCCCUGUACUAUGGCAUCAGCCCUGAGGAAGAGGUGGACAUCCCAUGCAAUGACUCCAACCCUGUGGAUGAUGGGCUCAAGAGAGCAAAGCAUGUCCUCUCAGAUCAGAUUGAAAACCACAUGAGAAGUCGUUUGAUUGGCUCUACUUCAAUCAGGCCUGACGAAGCCUACGUGUAUCUUCUACAGCAGCAAGAACUUCAAAUGUUCAAAACUGACAAUGGAGAGAGGUGUGCCACUCCGUUUGAUCACGAUGUAACCCCUCCUCCAAUGGAGUUUGCAUCUCAGGGAGGAGCCAGAAUUGUGAGCCUAGACGGUGGAGGAAUGAGAGGACUUAUUCAACUGGAGAUCCUUUUUGAGAUAGAAAAGAUGACCGGGAAACGAAUUGUCGAGCUUUUUGAUUGGAUCAUUGGCAACAGCAUUGGUGGAAUAAUGGCUUUGGGUUUAGUCUAUGCAGACAUGACUAUCCCUCAACUGAGGAGAAUGUAUUUCCGUCUCAAGGACAAGGUGUUUUCAAGCAAGAAGGGGUUCGGUGGCUACAACACUAAGGUUUUAGAGGAGCUCUUACAGGAAGUGUUGGGGACUGAACAGAGAAUGUGUGACCGCAGGCACCCAAAAGUGUUGAUCACAGCUGUGGACAAGUCCAACACACCCAUGAACAUCCAUUACUUCAACAACUGCUUUGAUGAUCAGUUUAGCACACAGCCAGUCUGGAAGGUAGCUCGGUAUUCAAGUGCUGCUCCCCUCUACUUCAGUGAGCUGGACAACUACGUUGAUGGUGGUGUAAUGGCCAAUAACCCUUGUGACGGAGGACUUGCCAAGAUUCAGUCAUUUUACCAGGCAAAGAACCAACGGAUGCCCAUAUCCUGCAUGGUGUCCAUGGGAUCAGGACUUUUCCCUCCCAGCAGACUAGAAAAGAUCAGCAUCUUUGUGGGAGUCCAGAAUCUAUUCAGAAUGCUUAGCGAUGCUCUCGGGCAAUCUGAGGCAAUUGCUGAUCGAUGCAAGACCAGCUGUGAGGCUCAGGGCAUUCCCUUUUAUCGAUUCAGUCCUCCUCUGGACGAAAAAAUUGAGCCAACAGAAACCGACUCUCGUAAACUUGUUGACAUUAUGAUACUCUCAAGAAUGUACAUGCACGGCAUGGAAGAUUACAAAUCAGACAGGUUAUUACCCUUUUUGCUGCAAAUAACUGGUACCGCAUAGACUUCACUCACAUUUGCAAUCGACAUUAUUUUGUGUGUAUUUUUUUGUUUUACAUGACGUUGUAUUAACGCACUCAGGUUAUGAUUUUGUUUUAAUUUUGUGUUAUAUAAUUCAUCACGUAUGUACCCUCCUCCCCUCUCAUGAUUUUAAUCCAUUUUUGAUCUGUAUAAUACACUCACAAUUACUGGCACAACAACUUAAUAUUACUGAAAGUGAUCAAUUCAACAGGUAAGGUACAUGAGGGGGGCUCCUAUAUAUAGCUAAAUAACAUUUUCUGAUUAGCGUUCUAAUAUCUACAUGAAGAGUCACGGCAAGGGGGGGGGGGGGGG